AUGGAGGUGUCGCUGCUUUCGCCACGUCCCCGAAAAGCAGCGGAGAAACCCUCUGAGUUUCGCACCUGCCCGCAGCCUUCGCCUAGUGACGGCACGGGGAAUCCCGAUGACUCCAGCGCCACCGUCGGCGCUCAGCCAGACUCGUCCCUGCGCCCCGGUGCCUCUCGCGCGUGGGGCUGGAGCAGCGCAGUCUCCCUGGGCAUCCGCCGCCCCGCGACAACUGGGGCUCCACCGCGACCCCUGGCCCAGGAGGCGGCCCUCCGCUCGCCGCCCCAGGCGAGAGUGGAUACCUGCAACGGCCGGCCGCACCUGGUGCUGCCGGCGGCCCCGCUCGCUGGGGCGCCCAGGAGCUUCGGAGCCAAGCCUUCUGCCGGGGCCCGGGUGCGGGAGCGGGGGGCUAUGGCCGCAUCGGGCGAAGGCCUGGGCACCUUCCCGGUCCGGCCCAGCACGCACGCGGCGGGCUCUGCGCACCACGAGCUGGGCCCGACGGGCAGCGGACCGCGCCUCUGGGUGACUGCGCCCGCGCCCGCGCCCUACACGCCAGGCUCCGCCCUGGGCCCCGCACCCGCCUACGGGGUCCCAGGGCCACUGCUUGGCGCGGCGGGCAGCCCGGCCGGCGGCGACCUGGCCUGGCUGAGCCUCCCCGGCCAGCAGGAGCUGCUGCGGCUGGUGCGGCCGCCGUACUCGUACUCGGCGCUGAUCGCCAUGGCCAUCCAGAGCGCCCCGCUCCGGAGGCUGACCCUCAGCCAGAUCUACCAGUACGUGGCGGGCAACUUCCCCUUCUACAAGCGCUGCAAGGCGGGCUGGCAGAACUCUAUCCGCCACAACCUGUCGCUCAAUGACUGCUUCAGGAAGGUGCCCCGCGACGAGGACGACCCAGGUAAAGGCAAUUACUGGACCCUGGACCCAAACUGCGAGAAAAUGUUUGACAACGGGAACUUCCGAAGGAAGAGGAGGAGGAGGGGCGAGGCGCGCUUGGCCUUGGGGCCCAGGAGCCCCAGGGGAGCCCAGGCCGGAGCGCUGUCGCCUGUGCGUGCUGCCUCCCCCAGCCCGCUGGCCUCGCCUUCCCAGUUCUCACCGGAGCCCACCUGCUUCAAUGGCUUCGCCUCGGCCAUGGGCAUGCUGGCUGGGGGCCUGGGCGCCUCUCCUGGGACGCUGGUCAGCGACUUUCCUUUUAGGCAGCAGACCACAGUCCCCAUCCACAGUCCCCCAGCCCCUUGUACAGCUUCUGGCUUCUCUCCAGAGCACCAGACAGCGGCCACAGGCCUCCGAGUCAGUCACCUCGCCUACAGCUGGGAGGGUACGGAAGUUUGA